AUGUCUAAUGAAAUAGGCAGCAUAGUCAACGGAGAUCUUGAUCUUUAUGAGUUCCUAGAAGUAGGCCCAACAUUCGAAGAAAGUGAAAUUAAACGUCAGUACAGACGUAAGGCAUUACAAUAUCACCCUGAUAAAAAUCCUAGUGAAGAUGCUGCUAAGAAGUUCCACUUACUAUCACAGGUAUAUGAAAUAUUAACCAAUGAUAAAUUAAGAUCUAAUUAUGAUAGGAUACGGCAACUUAAGAUCAAUAAAAUAGAAAGACUGAAGAAGUUAUCUGAACAAACUAGAGCUUUCAAAGAAGAAUUGGAAAAGGCUGAAAGAGAAUAUAAGUUUAACAAUUCCAAUGUAUUUGAUAAUACGAAUCGAGAAUUCAUGCAAAGAAAAGUAUGGGAAAAUAACUUAGAAAAAUUGAAAGAAGAAGGUCUAAGGAAGCGUAGGAUUCAUGAAAAAGAGAUAAUAAAACAAUCUGUUCCAGCUGCUAGCCAGGCUAAGAAAUACAUAUCGUUUAACGACAUACCGCUUAAGUCAGAGAAAAUAUCUACUUUCAUGAGCAUAGAAGAAGAUAAAGUUGACAGUGUGAACAAUCAGAUGACUAAAACUAUUGUUAGAUGGAAGCAUAAGCCAGAACUAAAAGAAUUAAUUACGCCAGAUAUCUUGCAAGAAAUGAUGAUAAUAUUUGGACCAGUUAAGUUUGCAAAAAUACUUCCAAACACGACAAAUUCAAGAUACGACUCGGGUAUCGUUGAAUUUGAAAACUCUAAAGGUGCUCAGCUAGCUGUUAAUCAUGACUACAAGAAGAGUGCCACUCUCUGGGAUAGGACGAAAGUCAGAAAAUUGGCUAGUUUAUUAAGAGAGUGUAGGUACGACACCUCAAUAAUACCUAUUUGUAAUAUAGAAAAUAAUUCAAUUAGUCUGGAAGAAGCUCAAAAAAUUUCGAGACUAAUAGCUAAGCUGAAUCAAAUAACAAAUUUUAAUCCUCCUUCAAAAUAUGCCGUUAAGAACAUUUCCUUAAAAUCUGAUACGUAUAUGCAUCAGCUUUUUAAUAACUUUAUCCUAAAAGAGGCUCGUAAGGAACUCAAAUGA